CCCUGACUGCAUUCGCGUGCUACUGAAACAAGCUAGCUUAGAGAUGGGCAGGCUGGUGGUGGCGGCGGCGGUGGUGGUCACCGUUGCGGCGGCGCUCGUGGCGACGGCGGCGGCAGGGAAGCCGGCGGUGCCGGCGCUGUUCGUGUUCGGCGACUCGCUGAUCGACAACGGCAACAACAACAACCUGGCGUCGCUGGCGAAGGCCAACUAUUACCCCUACGGCAUCGACUUCGCCGGCGGCGCCACCGGCCGCUUCUGCAACGGCUACACCAUCGUCGACGAGCUCGCUGAGCUGCUCGGGCUGCCACUGCUGCCGCCAUACUCGCAAGCGUCCGGGAACGGGAAGCAGCUGCUCCACGGCGUCAACUUCGCCUCCGCCGCCGCCGGCAUCCUCGACGACACCGGCGGAAACUUCGUGGGGCGGAUACCGUUCAACCAGCAGAUCGACAACUUCGAGGCCGCCGUGGAGCAGAUCGCCGGCGCCGUCGGGAAGGAGGCGGCGGCGGCCAUGGUGGCGCGGUCCAUCCUGUUCGUGGGGCUGGGCAGCAACGACUACCUCAACAACUACCUCAUGCCAAACUACAACACCCGCCGCCAGUACAGCCCCGCCCAGUUCGCCGACCUCCUCGCCGCCCGCUACGCUGCCCAGCUCACCAGGCUGUACGAGGCCGGGGCAAGGAAGUUCGUGGUGGCCGGAGUGGGGUCGAUGGGGUGCAUCCCGAACGUGCUGGCGCAGAGCGUGGAGAGCCUGUGCUCGCCGGAGGUGGACGGCCUGGUGCUGCCGUUCAACGCCAACGUCAGGGCCAUGAUCGACCGCCUCAACGGCGGCGCCGGCGCCGGCGGCGGCCUCGCCGGGGCGAGGCUCGUGUUCCUGGACAACUACGGCGUGUUCAAGGGCAUCCUCGGCGACCCGGCGGCGCACGGGUUCCGCGUGGUGGACCGCGGCUGCUGCGGCAUCGGGAGGAACAGCGGGCAGGUGACGUGCCUCCCCUUCAUGCCGCCCUGCGACGACCGCCGGGGCUACGUCUUCUGGGACGCCUUCCACCCCACCGCCGCCGUCAACGUGCUCGUCGCCAGGCUGGCCUUCUACGGCAGCGCCGACGUCGUCUCCCCAAUCAACGUCGGCCGCCUCGCCACCCUCUGAAUUAAAAAUCUAGUCUUGCCUUCUUGCUUAAUUAAAUUAGCUAGCAAUAAUUAAGUUAAUCUAAUUAGGGCUGCGUUCGGCUAGUCCCAUAAGUUAUCUUAUCUCUCUCGUUUUACAUGCGCACGCUUCCCGAACAGCUAA